AUGGAUUUGGCUUUUGGCGUGGCGCUUCCGCCCUCAGCUUCCGCCCUUGCAUCCGAACUUGCGGAUGCGGAAGACGGGCGUAACACCGGCCACGAGACCUCACCGUGGCCGGCAGCGAUGGUUGAUUCCAAGGAAUAUCGAGAACCUUAUUGUUCAAUAGGUUCAACGCCCCUGACGAGCCUGAGCAGCGGCUCACCUCCAACCUCGCACAUCCACCAUGAAGCCUCGCGCCGGACGGGAGAGUCGCUCUACCGCAUCGACCUGCAUACGCACAUAAUGCCCUCCUCCCUGCCAGAUCUCGCCGCUGUGCCCACAGCCUCGGACAGGUCGUACGCGUGGCCCAGCUUCCAGCCCUGCACGGACAGCUCCGGCGACAUCGACAUGUACAACGGCGGCAAGUUCUUCCGGCGGGUGAAGCCAAACUGCUACGACCCGUCCACAAGAAUCUCCGAGAUGGACGCUGCUGGGGUCGACGUGCAGGUGCUGUCAACUGUGCCACUACUCUUCUGUUACGACGCGCCGGUAGAGCCUGCGGUCGUCCUUGCCCGGUCGUUGAAUGAGCACAUUGCCAAUAUCGUCAAGGAGUCUCCGGAUCGAUUUGUUGGCUUGGCAACAGUACCUUUGCAGGAUGUCGACGAGGCUGUGAGAGAAUUGAGGAGAUCCAAGGGGCUGGGUCUGGUAGGUGUGCAAAUCGGGACGUCCGCUCCGUUGGCAGAUGGUGAGAUCGACCUGGACGAUGCGAGGUUGGAGAAGUUCUGGAGUGCAUGUGAGGAGCUGAACAUGGCUGUCUUCGUGCAUCCACUGGGAUAUUCUUGGAAGGAGGAAAAUGAGGCCAGAUGGGGCAAAUACUGGGGCAGUUGGCUGGUCGGCAUGCCAUGCGAGACAGCUCUGGCGAUGCACAACCUCACAUCAGCAGGCGUCUUCCUGCGGCAUCCAGCACUUCGUCUCUGCUUUGCCCACGCCGGCGGUUCCUUUCCUGCGCUACUGGGCCGUAUCCAGCAUGGCUUCAACUGCCGACCAGACCUGGUGGCACACUCUGCAGGCGGUGUUACGCCAACACAGCAUCUCGCUAGCGGGAGCAACAUAUGGAUCGACAGUCUUGUACACGAUGCAGAUCUGCUUGACUAUGUCCUCCGCAAGAUCCCGUCUGCCAAUAUGGUCCUGGGCAGUGACUACCCCUUUCCGCUCGGUGAGGUACCGACGGCUGGUGAGAUGCUGAUCGGGAAUGGGGAGCAAGGGAAGAAACUUGACAGUUUCAUGAGUUGGGAUCAGAGGGCCGGCAUAUUGGCUGGUAAUGCCAUUCGAUUGUUGAAUUUGGGUGAUCAAUUCCAGCAACGAUAUGAACAAAGGUUAUCGGCGUUCAGGAAGGGUGCGGAGCUAUCCAAGUAG